CUGUUUAAGUGACUGACGUGUGUGUCAGUGAAAAACAGUACUAUGCCUGUAUAUUUUUAUCUGACAUACGCAUCAGUCCCUCAAACACCAUGCAUACCCAUACAGACAUUUGCAUGAGGAUGUACUAAGUGAAUGUACUGGACGGUAAGCGUAAUCAUAUUUUGUGCACUGUAAAUGUACUUGGACAGCUUGGAUCUCUGACUGAGACUGCAGUGUGUGGUACAUAGACAGAAAUUGUCAGUGAAUUGCUGAUAAAAAAGAGAGAGAUAGAAUAAAGAGAGAAGGAGUGAGGGAUGGCGUGCAAUGGGGGGUGUGGAUGUCCAGUUUUCAGCAACCUCUUGACGGUCCGUGAGAAUGCUUUGCUCUUCACUCUCCUGGGAGCCAAGUGUAAGGCAGUGGUCUCAGCAGUAGCCCAGGUGUAUGUGUCCUUCCCUGGGCGUCAGGUGUGGAGGCAUGAGGGCUCUGGGGUAGUGUGUCUGGUCGAAGACAGCUCACAACACUCCUACUUCCUGCGUGUGUACUGCGUCAAGAGAUCUAAGUUGCUGUGGGAACAGGAGCUGUAUGUUCCUUUUCUUUACUCUGCACCCCACCCCUACUUCCACACUUUCCCUGCAAAUGACUGCCAGGCGGGCCUGAACUUUGCAGAUGAGGCAGAGGCAGAGAGGUUCUGUGCAGCCGUGGAGAGACAGAUCCAACAAGCCCCAGACAGAGCUAGUGGGCAGAUGAACCAUACUGGCAGUGUGGACUUCUCCUCAGGCUGUAUCUGUGAACAGGAACAGAGACGAUCUGAGAUCAGCACUCCAUCUCCAUAUGUGUCAGAACAGGAGUCCCAGGUGAGAGUGGAUCCAGAGCAAGGCCUCAGUGUGAGCACACACAUGACACCACUGACUAGAGAGCUGGACCCUGCUCUGAGGAAGCUGGUCAGGAUGGAGAGACAAAAUGAGGAGGAUGUGACGGACAGACACACAUCUAAAGUAAUCUGCAGCCUCAUCUACAGUCUGGGGGGCGUGGAGGCUGAUAGCAGGGACAUGAACAACAGAGGUUCAGCCUCUAAGACCUUACCCAACAGAGCUACAGGGACCUCCACCUCCCUGGCCCUGAGGAAGGGGCCUCUGCCUCCUCUCCCGUCCCCCCUCACACGGAGUGUCAGCUCUCGAGAUGUCUCCAAGAGCCCUCUCCCACCCUGGGUCCCCCAACCUCCCUCUAUGCCCGCCCCCCCUUCCCCUGCAGGGGCACUCGCUGAGAGGAUUAGAAAGACCAUGAGCUUCAGACCGGUGGGCUCACCCUCUGCUGUAGAGUCUGACCUGGUCCUGAGUGCACUGAGGGAGAUAUUCCAGAAACACCAAUACCUCCAGCAUCAUAAAGAUGACACCACAAGCCAGUCAGAGAUGGAUUCUUACAGCGGGCAGUGGCUGUAGAGAUAACAGGGUGAGAGGAGAAAUAUCCCCCUACUUUCACAAGCAUGUUUUCUCAAGCAUGUUGUUAUUUGAAGUCUUCACUUUUGUCUUUCAUUUUGAAUUAAUUCACUGUUAAAUAAUGAUGCAUCAUUGAAAAAAAUGUUUUAGUGAAGAAUACGAUGCCCAAUUAAGCCCUUUCUAAAAAUAAAAUCUGUA